AUGGAGCAAGUAGUUGGCAAUGAUGAUGAGAUCCUUUCACACAGCAUUAACCCACUAAUCCUCCUCUUGUCGACGACCCUGCUACUAAUCCUGCUGAUGAGUUGUCAUCUCAAGACGAAGAAGACAGGAGCCGCCGCCGCCUUUCCCCUGCCUCCAGGGCCAUGGAAGCUCCCCAUCAUCGGGAACAUCCACCAGCUGGCCUUGUCCCCCAACUCGGGCCUCGUCCACCGCAGCUUCGCGGCCCUGGCGAUGCAGUACGGCCCCGUGAUGCAGCUGAAGCUCGGGGAGACGUGGAACGUGGUCGUGUCGUCCCCGGAAGCAGCCAGGGAGUUGCUGAAAACACACGACCUCAACUUCUCGGCCAGGCCCUACAUGCCGUCGGCCAGCAUCAUCUUCUACGACGGCCGGGACAUCUCCUUCUCUCCCGAGGGGGACUACUGGCGGCGGAUGCGCAAGAUCUGCACCACGGAGCUGCUGACUGAGAAGCGAGUCAAGUCGCUGCGGCCGAUUCGGGAGGACGAGGUCCGGAAGCUGGUGAAGUUGAUUGCUGGCUCUGGCGGCGGAGCGGUGAACCUGAGCCAGCUGCUGAUCUCGGUGGCCAACGCCAUGACGUCGAGGGCCGCGUUCGGGAAGAUCCGGGAGCUAGACGGAGCUUUCCUGCCGCUCAUGCAUCGGAUCACCCAGAAGCUUGGAGGCUUCACCCUAGGGGACAUCUUCCCUUCCCACAGGUGGUUGCAUCAGAUAACUGGAACGGAGAGGCAACUGAAGAAGCUUCACACAGAAGCCGAUGCCAUGAUCCAAGAGAUCAUUGACGAUCAUUUAUCCAGAAGAGCAGCAGGAACAAGGAAAGAAAGAGAUGACCAACAAGAUCUAGUUGACGUGCUAUUGGAUUACACGGACGACCACAUUGAGGUUAAAGCCAUCAUCUUGGACAUAUUCCUAGCUGGGGGUGACACUUCCCCUACUAUCCUGGAAUGGGUUAUGGCUGAAUUGAUGAAGAACCCAAAAGAGAUGGAAAAAGUACAAACAGAAGUCAGAGGUGUGUUUGACACAAAGGGGAAAGCGGUAGAUGAAGCCUAUUUCGAUGAACUAUACUAUUUCAAAUCAGUUGUUAAAGAAACUUUCAGAUUGCAUCCCCCGGUUCCUUUAUCGAUUCCAAAAGAAGCUCGAGAAAUGGUUGUGAUUGCUGGAUACCAAAUACCAGAAAAAACAAGGGUCAUUGUCAAUUCCUGGGCCAUCGGUCGAGAUCCCGCGCACUGGACCUACCCAGAUCAAUUUAUACCGGAGAGAUUCCUUGACACAUCCAUCGACUAUAAGAAUAAUGAUUUCCAGUUCAUCCCAUUUGGAGCUGGACGAAGGAUCUGCCCAGGCAUGAAUUAUGGGCUUGCUCUUGUCUAUCUCCUACUCGUAAAUUUGCUCUACCAUUUUGAUUGGAAACUCCCAAACCAAAUCAAACCCCAAGAACUUGAUAUGUCGGAAGAAUUUGGAGCUACAAUUGUAAGAAAAAACAAUUUGUAUCUCAUUCCCAUUCCCUACCAUGCACCCUAA